CGGAGGGGGAGGCAGAGGGGCGCUCGCACCCCACCGUACGGCCGGGCCCGGCUGGCGGCUGCUGCUUGGGGCGGAGCAGGCGUGACCUUCCGGCCAGCCUCCCAUCGCUGCCGCCCGGCACCCUGCUCCCAGCCCCGCCCGGGGGACCGGCGGCGGAGAGGCACCGAUCGCGGGGCUACCGAGGGGGCGGAAGAUCGGGGCGCUGCGCCCCCAUCCCGGCGCUGGGGGGACGGUGGAGGAGCCCAGCGGCUGCGAGGUCCCGGAGACGGAGACCCCCGGAGGAAGAUUGCCGAGAAACGCCCCCGAACCUCCCCCCCGCUCCGUGGAAUUGCGGGGUCCCCCCCCCACCCCGCAGCAGCCCCGCGUGUGCGCGGGCAGGGCUGGCGGGGCUGAUUUCGCUUGCACGCUGGCUCCCCAGCAUGCCCGGACUGCCUGUCACGCGUGGAUCUAGCCAGAGACACCCCCUCGCCGCGCUGGAGCGGACUGGGCGCCCGGCGGAGACCUCCUGAGAGCCGGGAGGGUUUGAGGGGGGGAUCGGGGUUAUUCGGAGGGGGGAGCCGGCUUGGACUAUUUUUCUCCCCCUUCCUCUGUUGUAUUUUUGUGGGGGGGAGGGGAUCCGUUUGGAGAAGCAUCCAGCGGGGAGGAAAACAAGCCACCCGAGGACACCCCCCCUCCCCCGCCCCUGCACACUGCAGGGCAGAGGAUCCGGAGCGAUCCGCACCAGGUUGGAGCCGACCCCCGGAUCCAGCCCGAGCUCGGCAGACGCUGCCCACCGGUCUCCAUCGCUCGCUCCGAUCUCGUAACACCUUGUGGGGGGAGGGCGUGGGGUGGUGGUGAAGGAAAGCGAAAUGGCUGGAGCCGGAGUGGAAUAGGACCAGCUGAAUGGAGCAGCCCGCUGGAAGGAGACCCGAGGCUGGAUCGCUAAAGGCUUGCUGUCUACCGGAUCGUCCCUCCUGUGUGAUGCCGGGAGAGGCCCCGGGCUCGGGCCGCUGAGAGCCGUGCCAGGGAGCGAGCGUGCCAAUCGCCCGGCCGGCACCAUGGCCCGCCUCGCCCACGCCCUCUGGAGCCUCUGCGUCACCGCCAUCCUCGUCACCUCAGCCACACAAGGUCUGAGCCGCGCCGGGCUGCCCUUUGGCCUGGUGCGGCGGGAACUGGCCUGCGAGGGCUACCCCAUCGAGCUGCGCUGCCCCGGCAGCGACGUCAUCAUGGUGGAGAACGCCAACUACGGGCGCACGGACGACAAGAUCUGUGACGCCGACCCCUUCCAGAUGGAGAACGUGCAGUGCUACCUCCCUGACGCCUUCAAGAUCAUGUCCCAGAGGUGCAAUAACCGGACGCAGUGCGUGGUGGUGGCUGGAUCGGACGCCUUCCCGGACCCCUGCCCCGGAACCUACAAGUACCUGGAGGUCCAGUAUGACUGUGUCCCAUAUAAAGUGGAACAAAAAGUAUUCGUUUGCCCGGGGACCCUACAGAAGGUGCUGGAGGCCACGUCCACCCACGAAUCGGAGCAUCAGUCGGGCGCCUGGUGCAAAGACCCGCUGCAAGCCGGUGACCGGAUCUAUGUCAUGCCGUGGAUUCCCUACCGGACGGACACGCUGACAGAGUACGCCUCAUGGGAGGACUACGUGGGCGCCCGCCACACCACCACCUACCGGCUGCCCAACCGCGUGGAUGGCACGGGCUUCGUGGUGUACGACGGGGCCGUCUUCUACAACAAGGAGCGGACCCGGAACAUCAUCAAGUACGACCUGCGGACCCGCAUCAAGAGCGGCGAGACGGUGAUCAACACGGCCAACUACCACGACACCUCGCCCUACCGCUGGGGAGGCAAGACCGACAUCGACCUGGCCGUGGACGAGAACGGGCUGUGGGUCAUCUACGCCACCGAGGGCAACAACGGGCGUCUGGUGGUGAGCCAGCUCAACCCCUACACCCUGCGCUUCGAGGGCACCUGGGAGACGGGCUACGACAAACGUUCAGCCUCCAACGCCUUCAUGGUGUGCGGGGUGCUGUACGUGGUGCGCUCUGUCUACGUGGAUGAUGACAGCGAGGCCGCCGGCAACCGCGUGGACUACGCCUUCAACACCAACCUCAACCGGGAGGAGCCCGUCUCGCUGGCCUUCCCCAACCCCUACCAGUACGUCUCCUCGGUGGACUACAACCCCCGCGACAACCAGCUCUAUGUCUGGAACAACUACUUCGUGGUGCGCUACGCCCUGGAGUUCGGGCCCCCCGACCCCAGCACGGGCCCCGUCACCUCCACGCCGCUCAGCACCACCACCACAGUGCGGCCCACCACGGUCACCACCACGGCCUCGCCUGCCGCCACCACCACGGUGCGCAGGGCCCCCCUCACCACCCACCCCAUCGGCGCCAUCAACCAGAAGGGCACGGAGCUGCACCCCAUCACGGCCGCCGCCCCCAGCACCCGCAAGCCCCCCUCCUCCAACCAGCACGUCUCCCCUGAGCUCUUCUGCGAGCCCAAGGAGGUCAGACGGGUCCAGUGGCCGGCCACGCAGCAGGGCAUGCUGGUGGAGCGGCCCUGCCCCAAGGGCACCAGAGGAAUCGCCUCCUUCCAGUGCCUGCCAGCCCUGGGGAUCUGGAACCCCCGCGGCCCCGACCUCAGCAACUGCACCAGCCCCUGGGUCAACCAGGUGGCACAGAAGAUCAAGAGCGGGGAGAACGCAGCCAACAUCGCCAGCGAGCUGGCGCGGCACACGCGGGGACCCAUCUACGCCGGCGAUGUCAGCUCCUCCGUCAAGCUGAUGGAGCAGCUGCUGGACAUCCUGGACGCCCAGCUGCAGGCACUGCGCCCCAUCGAGAGGGAGUCGGCUGGCAAGAACUACAACAAGAUGCACAAGCGAGAGCGGACCUGUAAAGACUACAUCAAGGCUGUGGUGGAGACCGUGGACAAUCUGCUGCGGCCCGAGGCGCUGGAGUCGUGGAAGGACAUGAACGCCACGGAGCAGGUGCACACGGCCACCAUGCUGCUGGACAUCCUGGAGGAGGGCGCCUUCCUGCUGGCCGACAAUGUCAAGGAGCCUGCGCGCUUCGUCACCACCCGGCAGAACGUGGUGCUGGAGGUGACGGUGCUGAACACGGAGGGGCAGGUGCAGGAGCUGGUCUUCCCGCAGGAGUAUGCCAGCGAGAACUCCAUCCAGCUCUCAGCCAAAACCAUCAAGCAGAACAGCCGCAAUGGGGUGGUCAAGGUGGUCUUCAUCCUCUACAACAACCUGGGCUUCUUCCUCUCCACCGAGAACGCCACGGUCAAGCUGAGCGGGGAGGCAGGCGCUCCCAGCCCCGCCCUGGUCGUCAACUCGCAGGUCAUCGCCGCCUCCAUCAACAAGGAGUCCAGCCGUGUCUUCCUCAUGGACCCCGUCAUCUUCACCCUCUCCCACCUGGAGGCGAAGAACCACUUUAACGCCAACUGCUCCUUCUGGAACUACUCGGAGCGCUCCAUGAUGGGCUACUGGUCGACGCAGGGCUGCCGCCUGGUGGAGACCAACAAGACGCACACGACCUGCGCCUGCAGCCACCUCACCAACUUCGCCGUGCUCAUGGCGCACCGCGAGAUCUACCAGGGCCGCAUCAACGAGCUGCUGCUGUCAGUGAUCACCUGGGUGGGCAUCGUCAUCUCGCUGGUGUGCCUGGCCAUCUGCAUCUCCACCUUCUGCUUCCUGCGCGGGCUGCAGACCGACCGCAACACCAUCCACAAGAACCUCUGCAUCAGCCUCUUCCUUGCUGAGCUCCUCUUCCUCAUCGGCAUCGACAAGACGCAGUACGAGAUCGCCUGCCCCAUCUUUGCGGGGCUGCUGCAUUACUUUUUCCUGGCAGCCUUCUCCUGGAUGUGCCUGGAGGGCGUGCACCUCUACCUCAUGCUGGUGGAGGUCUUCGAGAGCGAGUACUCCCGCAAGAAGUACUACUACCUGGGUGGCUACUGCUUCCCGGCCCUCGUGGUGGGCAUCGCCGCCGCCAUCGACUACCGCAGCUACGGCACCGACAAGGCCUGCUGGCUCCGAGUGGACAAUUACUUCAUCUGGAGCUUCAUCGGCCCCGUCUCCUUCAUUAUCGUGGUCAACCUGCUCUUCCUCAUGAUCACGCUGCACAAGAUGAGCCGCAGCACGGCUGUGCUCAAGCCCGACUCCAGCCGCCUGGACAACAUCAAGUCCUGGGCGCUGGGCGCCAUCGCUCUCCUCUUCCUCCUGGGACUAACCUGGGCCUUCGGCCUCCUCUUCAUCAACAAGGAGUCCAUCGUCAUGGCCUAUCUCUUCACCACCUUCAACGCCUUCCAGGGCAUGUUCAUCUUCGUCUUCCACUGUGCCCUGCAGAAGAAGGUGCACAGGGAGUUCAGUAAAUGCCUGCGUCACGCGUCCUGCUGCCUGCGCAGCCCCCCGGGGGCCACACUCGGCUCCCUCAAGACUUCAGCCAUUCGGAGCAACAACCGCUACUACACGGGCACGCAGAGUCGGAUCCGGAGAAUGUGGAACGACACAGUCCGGAAACAGACAGAGUCAAGCUUCAUGGCGGGGGAUAUCAACAGCACCCCCACCCUAAACCGAGGGACCAUGGGGAACCACCUGCUGACCAACCCGGUGCUGCAGACCCGGGGCGGCACCAGCCCCUACAACACCCUCAUCGCCGAGUCCGUGGGCUUCAACCCCUCCUCGCCCCCCGUCUUCAACUCCCCAGGGAGCUUCCGAGAGUCCAAGCACCCCCUGAACAACAGCCGGGACGCCUGCGGCAUGGACACCCUGCCCCUCAACGGCAACUUCAACAACAGCUACUCCCUCCGCAGUGCUGACUUCCCGGCCGAGGGCGCCAAGAUGGCCGACUGCCGGCGCAACCUCAGCGACGCCGCCGCCUUCGAGAAGAUGAUCAUCUCGGAGCUGGUGCACAACAACCUACGUGGGGGCGCCGGCGGCACGGCCAAGGGGGCGCCCCCUGCAGGAGGGGCCGGCCCGGCCGAGCCCAGCAACCCCUCUGGCCCGCCCGCCCCCCCCAGCGGCGGCGGGCCUGGUGAGGAGGAGGCGGCGGCGGCGCCCGAGGGCCCGGCCCUGAGCCACGAGGAGAACCUGGAGAUCGAACUCAUGUACAAGGCCCUGGAGGAGCCGCUGCUGCUGCAACGGGCUCAGUCGAUCCUCUACCAGAGCGACCUGGAGGAGUCCGAGAGCUGCACGGCCGACCUGACCGAGGGCGGAGACGGCCAGGCCCCCUCCCCCAACAGGGACUCCUUGUACACCAGUAUGACCAACCUGAGAGACUCCCCUUACCCGGACAGCAGCCCCGAGGCGGUGGGGGAAAUCCUCCCCCACACCCAAGCCAUCAACGAAAUCUACUACACCAACCGGCCUGCCCUGGUGCCCCGCAGCCAGCUCCAAGCCUACUACCAGGUCCGGAGACCGAGCACUGACGGCUACUUGGUUCAAGCCGGCUUAGAGGGCCCAGUGCCGGAGGGAGACGGUCAAAUGCAGCUGGUGACCAGUCUCUGAAAGCCAGGAGCGGACUGAGGAGCCGUCCCAAGCCGCCGACUCUCCCCCCACCUCAUCCCACCUUUGCCAAAAGGAGCCCCUCCCCCCGGGCCAUGGCCUGGCCUUUUUAAUUUUUGCCCUGGGAUGCUGAGAGAGAGAAGGGUGGGGCGCUGCAGAAGGACACAGGCCAGGGGAAGGAGGAGAGGUGGCGUGACUCUCCUCUGGGAAGGGGGGCCGUCUUGUCUAGCUUCCUCCUGCCCACCUGGUGGAGACGGGAGGGUGGAAAUCAGGGGGUUGCGACUUUUGUUUUUGAAGGGAAGGAAAGGAAGGAGGAGGGGCGGGAAGGAAGGAAUGAAAAAGGCACCGGGCCGGACACAGGAGCUCAAUUUUUUCGUUUUUUAAGGUCGUCCCUCUUCUGUUUCUUUACGUUGGUUUUGUGGGGAGAGAAGAUCACAAAGAAGUGGAGCAGGGAAACCAAUUUUCUUUUUAAGGCGUGUUAAGAAACAGAUCAGAACCAUGGGGGAGGGGCCGGCUGGGCCUGUAUCAGAGUCCCAGAACAACCCCCCACACACACCGGCACCCAGGUGUAGGCCAUCCCUGCUCCCCCACAUGUGCACCUUGGCGAUGUCAAAGAGGGAUCCGAUUGGGCCGGAGAGAGAGGGGCGGAUGGAGCAUCCUCCUGUGGCCUCCACUGUCUUCUAUACGAACUUUGCCAAAAACCAUAAUCUGUAUAGAUAUAUAGAGAGUUAUAAAGAGAGAGCUAUAUCGAGAGAGAGAGAGAGAGAGAGAGAGGUGGGGGUGGGGAUUGUUUGGGGUCUGGAUAGAAAUUAUGUUGAAUCCAGUGCUGACCUUCCAGUAUUUGUCAGCUGGGGGAAACUGAGGCAUGGUGGGGAAGGGACUCUUAAACUCACUCAUUGACAGGGUUUUGAGUUCGGUUCUUUUUUAAUGCCAAGCCAUCAGCAAAGUCUGCAGGAGACCGGGGGAGGGGUGCAUUUCUUUUUUCUUUCAAAAGCAUCCUGGGCACCAGGAAGGGCUGAUGCACAACCUUGUUUCCAGCAGAGGAGGAGAUGGUGCUGAGGUGGCCAUCUUUGAUUUGGAUUUUUGUUUUCCUUUGCUGUGUGGCGUACACACACACACACACACACACACACACCCUGCCCUUCACAGCUCACACAUCAAACACACAUCACCACCCUGCUCCGGGAGCUGACAGAGGAAACCGGGAGCCGAGGGGUUCUUCCUGGGCCGUCGGUGUAAUUGUUCAAUACGCAUUCCCCACUCGCGCCCGCCGCUGCUCUGCUGCUGCCACUUUGGUCACGAUGCGCACGUCAUUUUCCUAUGGCUCAAUGGGAAGCUCGGAAACUCCUGCAGCUCUCACCCUUUCUGCGUUUUCCAGCUCUGCUUUUAUUUCCUCCUCUGAAGACAUGCAGAAGUCAGGUGCCUCGUGGGAGCUGCUGUCUGAACCCGGUUGGGUCAAGAUGAGGGUGGGGAGGAUUUUUUUGGGGGGCAAUUUGACAAUUGAACCAUUUUCCUCUCCAAAUCAGUCGGAUCAUCUUCGAGCAAAAGAACAACAGAAACCCAAACGGCACUUUUUUUUUCUUUUCUUUCAAAGGACAAAACAACAAAAAAACAAAAAUUUCUCCCUUUUCAAGCACAACUCUGAAUUCUCUCGCCCUCUUCUUCCCGAGAGAGACCAUGGGAGCCAAUAUCACAUGAAUACGUCAUUUCGCCGGGGGGGGGGGGGAUGUCUUAGGGUGGGGUGGAGGGUUAAUUCGGGGGAGGCGGGUUGGGAUACAGAUUGAAAUGCUGUAAAUAUGAAAUUUCAGACAAACAACAAAAAGGGGAAUUGAAGAAUCCCUUGAAAAAUGAAACAGGGAUUUAAAAAAAAAAUACAACCAAUCAACCACAGUCCCAGGGAACAGUUUGUGUCCUGGAAUUAAAAUAUAUAUCUAUAGAUAUAUAGAUAUAUACUGAGCUCUGCUCCAGCCCCAUUGACUGUUGGGGGGGGCAGGUGAAGGGAACAAGGAGACCCCCUCCCGUUUUGACGAAGACAGGGGAAGGGAUCGCAAAAACGAAGAGCAGAUUUUUACAAUCAAAACAAAAAAAAGAAAAAAAUAACUGUUUUUGGCACAAUUUUUAUGUAAUAUAUACAUAUAAUGCGUCAUUUCUGUGACUUUCUCAACAUUCCCUUUUCCUGCUGGAUAAGGUCCUUUUUUCAUACAUCUUGACAUGGAUCGGUCAUUUUCUCACUCACUGCCACUGUGGAAUUGUGGGUAAAAAAAAAUUUACUGUAAGACCCAAAGAUGCUGUAACUGUAGGUUAGGAACAUUGUUUGGGGUUUAUUUUGCUUUCUUUCUGGCCGGGGCUGUUGGGUGUCGGGAGUUUUUAAGUCUAUGGUUAUUUAUUUGCAUCCCUCUGAGCUGGAAGGCAUUUGACGGGGUCGAGUUGAAGGGGCAGGUGGGCGUGUGGCUCAGAUUCAUGGAGUGUGGAAGGGUUUCGCUUUCUGGUUCCUUUUCUCCCAGCCUGUGGAACUACUGGAGAGUGUGAGAGAUCAUGGGGGGGUUUUAGGACGGUCCUGGGCUUCAUCGGCUUGGAUGUAGUGAUUUAAACGUUGGAUAGAAGGGUGGAGACAUAAGAGGCAGGAUCCCUAGCUGGUAUGAAUGGAUGUUGCUCCAUUGGAGUCCAUGUAGCUAUGCUUAUUGGCACCCCGCUGGGGAUGGGGCCCAAGGAGCUUGGGAAACUCAAGCUCCCACUCCCAGUGGCCAGCAAACGCCCUGGGUGAACUGCAGGGUGUAGGUGACAAGUGGGUGAUAUUUACCAUGUUGCCCUGGCCAGUGGUCUCUGGCCAGACACAAGGCCAGCAAAGGGCUGGAUAGGCCCUGAAAAGCUUUUUCCCGCUCUAGGCCUUGGUGGGGGUAGAUGGACCACCCACUAGUGUCAUUCCCCUGCCCCAUGCAGACAGGGCCGGUGCUUCCAUUAGGCAACCCUAGGCGGUCGCCUAGGGCGCCAG